AUGAUGCUUAAUCGUGGAUAUGCUUACAAACAUGCCUACAAGAAUGCAAUCAAAAUCACACAAUCUAUAUUACAUCAGAAGAUAGGUAAUACUUAUGAGAUAUUUCAUGGGGAAUGGCUUAAUUUUAAGGAUUUUAAGGCAACUAAUACUGUUGAGAGAUUAUGGAAAAAGUUUGUGGAAUACGCCAGAGCAUAUACCGAGAAUGAUAAUCUCUCAAUAA